UGCAGUGUGGGAGUGUCACGCGCAGUGACUGACUGCGGUUUUUCUGCAGCGGCGGCGGCAGUUGUGUGGAAGGUUUUUACGGGCUGUGCUCUUUGUGGCGUCGUGGGAUCAGUGUAAACCCCGUGGACAGCUGGAAUGGCUCCGUGGACGGUGUCUGUGUGUUUGUUUCUGGCUGUUUUGCCGUUUCACGUCCUCUCUCAGGGUGAGUUGGACCUGUCUGAUGCCCUGGGAGGUGAUGAUAAAUCACCAGCGACUUCUCCACCAAAACCACCAAAACCAGUAGCACCAGCAGAGGGCGCUGGAGAAGGAGGAGAAUUGGACCUGAGUGAUUUCUUUGAUGUUACCAAAGCCCCGCCCAAAGUCAUCCCCAAGGUCCCGAAAAGCACCAAAGCUCCAGUUAAACCCAAAUCGGCUGCCGAUGGAGACUUUGACCUGGCUGAUGCUUUGGACCCCAAGAAUGACAUUGGUGGCAAGGAUAAGAACAAGGGGCAGGGAGGUGGAUUUUCUGAUGACGAUCUACUUGAUGUCAGUAAAGAUGACACCUACAAACCUGACAAAGGCAGAGGUGGGCAGCCGGGCCGAAAUGACCAAAUCGGCCAGUCUGAUCAAAACAGCGAGACUACAGCAGAAAUCGGCACCAUCGCAGGGAUUGUUAGUGCGGUUGCCAUGGCGUUGGUGGGAGCAAUCACCAGCUACAUCUCCUACCAGAAGAAGAAGCUGUGUUUUGGUAUACAACAGAGCCUGAAUGCUGAAGUCAUGAAAGCUGAGAACCCUGAGGGAGUCGUGGCCACAGAACCACAAGUCAAACAGACUCUUCUGGAGCCGGCCAGUGCUGAACCUCCCAAUGAGGAGAACGCAGUGUAACGCACAC